GACAUCUCUAAAUUCAGAUUCCUUCAAUUCAUCACAUCACGUUCAACUUUCAUUCUUAAACAUAAAACAACGAAUACGGUUUCAUUGACACCGCAUCGGACUAAGAACUUCGUAAGCCUAUAAUAUCAACUUCGUUAUCGAUAUUAGGCUCCAGCUCUCAUUACCUUUGCGAUCCGCAUACCGAAAUUCUCUAAUCUAUCAACCUCUGAGUUACACUCUCACCCGGCUCAUCACCCGCGAAGAGCGGAAGCUCAUAAAUCACCACACCUAACACAACAAAACCCGAUACUAAAAAAAUAAGAUGGCGCUUCCAACGAUGGAUACCCAGGCCAAAGUAGCCAGCGAAGCUGGCCAAAACUUCGUAGACCACUUCUACGAAUCCCUAAACCGGCGACGCCCCUUAGGCCUAUUCUACGCCUCCGCCUCCCCGCGUCUAGUCUCCGCCGGCGUCCUCCCAGACAUAAGCGUAAACGGCCUUCCAGUCACCGACGUAGCAGCCUACGAAUCCCUCCUAGAAGCCCAAGGCAACAACGUAACCUACGACAUCGGCUCCUUCGACGCGCACCCGGUGAACCCGUACUUCCGCGCCGGCGAGCCGGACUCCGUCCCCAGUGGCGCGGGUGCUACGGGCGCCGCUGCCACGCUGCGGAAUGGAGAUCGUAUGAGUUUUGCGCUGCAGGUUAGUGGGACGGUGCGGUAUGGACGGGGACAUGGGGAUGGCAAGGUUGGGGAUGCGCCGGCUGCGACUUCGGGUGUAGAUGCGUUGGUCGGGGCGGGGGCGAAUGGGAAUGGGAAUGGGAAUGGUAAGGAGGAGGAUGGUGUGGAUGAAAGACCGUUUAAUGAGGCGUUUUUGCUGGUCCCGCAUUGGGAGGCUUGGGCGAGAAAUGCACCAAGGAAUUUGAGGAAGUGGGUUAUUGUGAGCCAGAACUUCCGAGCGCUGUGAGAGGGGUGAGAAACACAGGCGAGAAGACUAGGUUGGAAAGAUGCGAGUGAGGAUAUCAAUUUCUCAAACCCGCUCGCCACCGUGUCGAUAUCUCAUUAAGAUAACAGACGAGUACUGGGUGACCGAUUAUGGGCGAUGCAUCUUCCCGGACCCGGAUACCUGCAGAGGAAAGCAGAAUAUCUUCCAGAUUGAUAUUAUCUACCAGACGGCAUUCGCGAUUACGAAUUAGCAUCUAUGGGUGGGAUUUCGGACAGCCAUGAGAAAUAAAAGGCAAGCCGGGCAUGUAGCUCAUGGGAUAAGAUAGCACAAAAUGUAACCGCAAAUUGAUCAGCA